AUGGCUGAGGAGAUGAAUGUUGAGAUCCUUACUGCUGAUGAGCUUGUGUUCCCUAGUGUUGAUGUGCCUGUUGGGGUUGUUCGUGCUGGUGCUGCUGGUGCUCAGCAGACAUCUGCUAUGAGGUGGACAGAUGUGAUGUCUGGAUUUAUCCUUCGCCGCAUGUGCCAGCUGAUUUCAACUGGUGUCAGGACUGAUAAAGCAUUCAAAAAAGUCCACCUUAACCAGGUUGCCAAGGCUCUUCAGGAGUUCAGUGGCAAUGAUGUCACUAGCACACAAGUGUACAACCACUUGAGGAAGUGGAGGCAGAGGUGGAUUAGAAUCUCAAAGCUGAGAGAGUUGAGUGGAGCUUUGUGGGAUGAGGACAAUUCCAUGAUUGUACUUAAGGAGGAGAACUACAAUGGACACAUCAAGGCACACCCCAAGGAUGCUGAGUACCUGAACAAGCCAAUUCAUCACUACCAGCAGAUGAUGAUCAUCUUUGGUAAUGGUCAGGCAAUAGGCAAGUAUGCUAUGGGGUCAAAUGAGGCUCUUAGUAGUCCUUCUGACUUUGCUGAGAGCUCACUCAAGAAUGAGUCACCUGAGGAGCUGAAGAGUGGAAAGACUGAGGCAGCUGAUGGAACCAAGUCAAAAGAAGCUGUUGGAAGCAAGAGAAAGAGGUGCAUGCUGUCAGAGGAGGAUGUCCUUGUGUUUACUAGCAUGACUGAUGCAGUGAACAAUGUUGCAGAUGCUAUAAGUUCUACCAAGGUUGAGGAUUCCCACCCUGAGUUGUAUGGUGCACUCAUGUUCAUGCCUGGGUUCAGUGAUGAAGCUCUGAUGGUUGCAUAUGAUCACCUUCUUGACAACAAGGUCUAG